CCCGUUUCUCCCCUUAGCUCGCGAUCAUGUUGGGUCGUCUCCCCCUCCGGAGAGCAGCAUCUACGUUGAUAGCGAACGCAACCUCACCCUCAAGACGAAUCGCGGUCCCACCAGGACGGAUCUGCUGCUGCUGUCGCACUUUCUACUCUUCGCCACGACGAUGGAGCGAGCAGAAACCCCCUGUCGAUGCAGACAAGAAGAACGACGGUGGGAAGGACGAGUCAAGCAGCGCGGAACAGACAAGUAGAUCAGAUGACAGCAGCCGAUCUCAGGAGAACGCAGAGACGAAGGAGAAUCCGGGGAAGUCUGAGAGUGGCGAAGCACCCCCGCCAGAACAAGGGCCUGAUCCCAAGCAAGUGCCUACAGUGGUGAUCAUCAAUGUGCGGAAGGCGGCGAGGUUCUGGCUGUUCUCUGCGCUGGGUGUCGGUGCCCUGGGCUUCGCAUACUACUUCAAUCACCUUGACAGGGUACCCGAGACCGGUCGCAUACGAUUCAUAAACGUCAAGCCCGAGACGGAAGAGAAGCUUGCGAAAGUCAUGCGCGACACCGCCUACGCCCAGUUCAAGAAUAAGAUCCUCCCCGCCGACCACCCGCUCGCCUCACAAAUCCGCGGCAUCGUCUCCCGCAUUCUCGACGCCAAUCAGCUGGGCCGCCUGAGAGACCAGCCCUUGUCGGAUGGCGUAUCACUGGACGACUGGAGCGGAAGCACUGGUAACAGCACGGGUAAUAAGGAUGGGGAACUAUGGAACCCCGACCUCGUCGAGGCGGAUCCGUACGCAGCCACGUCGUCGACUCCAAGCUCGGAUAAGGCCCCUGGCGAGUGGGAUGUCAUCGUGGUGAACGACAAGCGAUUCGUCAACGCGUAUGCGGACAUUGGCCUAGUCGUCAUUGGCACCGGCUUCCUUCCCAUCUGCCAGAAUGAGCAGGGUCUCGCCGCUGUUCUGUCUCAUGAAAUCGCGCACGUAGUCGCCCGCCACCGCGCCGAGAACAUGUCCACAAGCUCCCUGUACUGGGGCGUCGGUGCCUACACCAUCGCGUUCUUCGGACUCAUUGGCCUGCUCGCCUCGCUCGUGCCUUGGGGUCUUGGGGUCUUCUCUGAGAUUCCGCAUUCGAUUGGGCAGGAAUUCGAGGCGGACAUCAUCGGUCUGAAGCUCAUGGCGAAGGCGUGCUAUGACCCUCGGGCGUCGCCUGAGAUGCUCAAGCGCCUCGCGAAGAUCGAGGAGGACGUGCAGAAGAAGCUGCAUAGGCACGACCAUGUGCAGACCCAUCCGCUUGCGAUGGAGCGCGCGAAGAUGCUCGAACCGCUACUCGGUAAGGGCUACGAGACGAUGGCGACGAACCCGGAUUGCGCGGAUGCGCUCUCCAAGUUCCAAGAGGCGGCGGCUACCCUUAAGAACGAUUAGGUGGCUCUGUAGCUAGCUUGUGAACCUAAACUUCUGCAACAUCAUGUAUUACUAGCACGAAUGUCGCUCCCUGCAAUGGACUUUGUAUGCACAU